CACGGAUCUCCUCCAUCGCUUCAUUGUCUUCGUCUCCGACAUUGCGCCGUCGCUCUAUAGUCUUCAGCUCCCCCGGCGUCCAAAACCCUAGAAACCUGAGCUGAAGGAGGAGGAAGGUAGAGUGUGUGUGUGCGGCCGGCCAUGGAGAAGCUGGACGAGAGCAAGUUAGAGCAGCGGCUGCAGCUCCUGGCGCUCCGCAUCCCCCGCGAGCUCGCCUCCGCCGUCACCCGCCUGCUCCGCUCCGGGUGCCUGCUGGACAUGCCGCGGGUCAAGCCUGUAGUCGAGGACCCUGAGAGUGACAAGCACAGACUCGUCGUGCUGUCGGAGAAGGUCCAGAACCCCGAUUUGUCUGACAUUCCGGAGCAGGUCCGCGAUUCAUUGAAGCAGCUGUGCAGUGUUGAUGUUGUACCAUACGCGUUGACUCUUGGUUAUUCUUACUGGAGUGCUGACCAUAUUCUGAAGCAAUUAUUGCCUGCAGGGGUAGAGGUGCCAUCUUCGUUUGAAACAAUUGGCCAUGUUGCCCACUUAAACAUACCUGAUGAUUUGCUAAUAUACAAAGAUGUCAUAGCAAAGGUUAUCUAUGAUAAAAAUUAUCCAAGGAUUCAAACAGUGGUGAAUAAAGUUGGGGCAAUUUCAAACGAAUUUAGAGUUCCGAAGUUUGAGAUUCUAGCAGGGAAGAACGAUAUGGUGACUGAAGUCAAACAGUAUGGUGCUACAUUUAAACUUGACUAUGGUUUGGUCUACUGGAAUUCGAGGCUUGAGCAUGAGCACAUCCGAUUGGUUUCUCUUUUCAAAAAAGGAGAUGUGAUCUGUGACAUGUUUGCUGGUAUUGGGCCAUUUUCAGUCCCAGCUGGACAGAAAGGAUGUAUUGUAUAUGCAAAUGAUUUAAAUCCAGACAGUGUUCAUUAUCUUAAAAUAAAUGCAAAGAUUAACAAGGUGGAGGAUUAUAUCUUCACACAUAACAUGGAUGCUAGAGUAUUCAUGCAAAAUUUGAUGAUAGCACCUGAUCCAGAAGCUAAGUCCCAAUUUGCUGCUGCUAAUUGUUCUUCUGGAGAAACAGUUUCUGCUAAUGAACAUUCUAUGCCAAAUGAUAACAAUAAUGAUGUACAAGAGGUCUGCCAGGAGAGUUUGGAUGACUCCUCUUUGGUGAACACUGCGAAAAGGCGUCAAGAAACAUCUAAUGAAGGUGAUGUUGCCUGCCAAGAAGAGGAUGCCAAUCAAACAAAAAAGAGGAACAAUAAGAAAGUAAAAAGCUCAGGGCCACUACCUGUCAAGCCAUGGGAGCACAUUGAUCAUGUAGUAAUGAAUCUCCCUGCUUCUGCGCUUCAGUUUCUCGAUUGUUUUAGUGGACUUGUUCAAAAGAGAUGCUGGAAAGGGUCAUUACCUUGGAUCCACUGUUAUUGUUUCAUCCGUUCAAGUGAAUCUGAAGAAUUGAUACUAUGUGAAGCACAAAAUAAACUGAAUGCCAAGAUAGCAGAACCAAUAUUCCAUCGGGUUCGUGAUGUUGCACCUAACAAGGCGAUGUACUGCUUAAGUUUUAGGUUACCCAUGGAAUGUCUUGUGGAGGAAACUGAAGAUAACGUUCAGUCAGUUGAUGGUUAGCCCUCUUCUGUUUCCUGGUACUUUUGGAGGUUUGAUAGAGAAAUGGCAAUUCAAGCUAUCCAGGGCAGUUGAGCCGAAACACCAUACCACUGCGAAGAGUGGUUAAUAGGAUGCUUUGUCAGAUUUAACCUGGGGAGGUGCUUGUCGGGGCCGAAAUCAGCACCCCGGUAGCACCAUCUGAUUUAGCGUUCUUCUGCCAUUGGCUUUACAUUAGGAAACUUUUAGUUGGUUUUGUAAGGCCUCAGAUAUGUGAUGUCCUUCUGCAGUAGAUAGAUCUCGCAUUUACGGGGAGAUAUCAGGUUCCAGUUUCAGUAUAUUUUUUUGACACAUCUAAGCAGUUUUUUAAAUGAUCA